AUGAAAAGCAAAAGAAGAUACCUCAAAGAAAUAAAUGUUUCUAUUUAGAAUGUGAUAAAUCUUUUGCUAGAGCUGGUCGGUUAUUGGCUCAUAUCCAAACUAAGCAUCUUCUAUAAAAUCUACACUAAUGCCCAUUUGAAGGCUGCUCAAAGAUUUUCGCAGAAAAAGGGAACCUUCAGGUACAUUAUUGAAUACAUUCAGGCGAAAAACCAUUUAAAUGUUAAUUUUGCAACAAAAAAUUUACCUCUACUGGUAAUUGCAAAGAUCACUAAAGGAGGCACUUCAAAUUAAAAAAUUACUUCCCCAGAGCAUGGAAAAUUAGAUCAGUAAUUUUUUACUAAAGCCCAAAUCAUCGAUUUAAAGUUUGAAAAAAUAUAGUCUAUCUUAGGUGAAGAUAGAACAAACAUAUAAACCUUUGGUUUACUAAAUAGAGAACAAACUGAUGAAAGAAAUUUUGUUUCAAAUUCCCAAUCAUUAAUGAUGAAUUCAAAUGAUCAAAAUUCUAAAGAGACAAAAAUAGCUUCAAUCAACACUUAAACUACUUUCAUGAAUUCACAAUUCUAAAGCAGAUCUACAGAAGAACUAGAUUGUAGUCCUUCUAGAUUUUUGGAUUUUAAAUAUAUGAUUGAAAUUGGCAUACUCAUGGAAAAUGAUAACAUUGCAAGAUUCUGUGUGAAUGAACAAAUUAAGUUAUUCAGACAUGAUGAAUGA